AUGAAGUACCUGAUAACACUUUUAAAAAUACUGGGCGUGUGUGUUCUGGGAGGCAUAGUGGACGACACGGACCUCUCCUCAAUAGGCACGGCGCCAGUGGACCUAGAAACAUACGAUAUCUCCUCAGCCACAAGGUUUGAUGUAGUCUCGUGCGUAAGAAGAAGAAUCGACGAGCUGGAUUACGAGCUGUGCAAGAGGAAUGAAGACGUGGCGAUCAACAAAGUAGUGGACGGAGACGUGGUCAUCUGGGAGAGCGUCGAAAACCACUUCAGAGAGUCGUCAGUGAUCUACGAACUGGAGAUCCCAGUUGCACUCAGAAUCCGAGAACGAGGAACGGGCAACUUGAGCUUCUACAGGAGAAUCGAAGAAGGAUGGAAGAUGAUCCCGCAGGUCGAGUACAUUGAGUUCCUAAAGGAACUGAGGGGAUCAGUGCCGACGAGGUCGACCUUCGGAAUAAACCUGAGGUUCCACAACGAAAACCCGAAUUACGAAGUGGAAAAAAUCACGAAAAAGGAGGCGAACAUGUACAUAUACUCGCCCUCGAGAGGACACAAGGUCAAGUUCGUAUACGACAACACAAGGUCGAUAUGGAAGGCGACGGAGCCCUCACAGAAAUGCAUAUCAGCAGUGGCAUACUUUAAGGGAGAGGCGCCGCACCUGGUGCACCUGUUCAUAGCAGACGACAACUUCCAGGUCAACAACAUCUUCUUCAAGCUCGUUAAGGGACAAUGGAAGGAGGUGACGGAGGAGCAGUACACAGAGUCAGUGCCGGAGCUGAAGGACAACAGCGACAGGCCGAUACCUGCGGAACUGGACCUGAAGACGUACAACUACAAGCAGUUCGACAUAAAGUCGAGGUCGUUCGAAGACCCGUACAUCAAGUACAUCCCGAAGGACCAGUACAGAGUGACACGGGUGAAAUACGCAGGAGAGAUUAUCUGGGAGUCUGAAGACCCGGAGAUCUUCGCGUCGAGCGUGGACUUCUUCGUCGAGGGAGGGCCGCUGAUGGCGAGGAUCAACUUUAACUUCCAGUACCCCUUCUACUUCACAGUCUUCCUGAAGCGCUCCAGAGGCUGGGAGGAAGGAGACGAGACCGACGCGAAGGACAGGAUCUACGUUCUGCAGACGAGGAGGAACCAGGUGCUGAACCUGAUUAACGUGGACAAAAAGGUCGUGAGUGCCAUCCCCUCGACGUCGAACGGUAUAGAAUACCUCUUGAUUUCAUGCAGGAAAAACUACGACGUCAUGGCGAUAAGAGAAGGAACGCAGGAAAUAUGGACGUACCCAGGACUCGACAAGUACUUUGCAAACGCCUGGCUCUACUUCUACCCGAAACGCCCGAAGUUGUUGCACUUCAGGGUCAGAGACACGUACCUGGGACACGACGACUUAUACUACCUCUGGAAGUACGGGUGGUGGCAUUCGAUAUCAAGGCACGACUAUUCGGAGAUCAUGAAGGAUAUGGUGUUCCUGACCAAGCAUGGGCUCCAGCACAUAGAAGUGCCACUGUCCCAAGAAAUGAGAAAGCAGCUCGAGAUGCAAUUGUCGGAGGGAGAGAAAACGAAGCAAGAAACGCAAGACUCGGAGGCAGUUAAAAAACCGCUCGAAGUGCAAACGCCGAGGGACACGAGCUCUGAGGACGAGAGCGCAAGAGAGAGAACAGUGGACCGAGGCUUCAAGGAGAAGCUGUACUCGAAGUACGGCUCACCCGACUUCGACCCGACGGACGACGAGGAAACACUCCGCCUGAUCGCCAAGCUGCACGACGAGGAUUUUUACGACGAGGCUGCGACGCUGACCAACUCGAUUGAGUACCUCUCCUUCCCCUACGACCUGAUGUCAGUCAAGUCGUCGCUGGACGGAGCGCAGCCGAGAAGGAGAAGGGCGAUAUCCUUCAGCCACUACGACCCGCGGGCAUUCAGGGAGCCCAAGGACCCGUACCCGAGGCCCAAAACACCACUCCCGCCCUACAGGCAGACGGACGCGGACACCGACUCUGACGACGACUUCAACCAACUAAACCUGUCGCGCAGCAAGAAGUACAAGAGCACGAGCGACAUCGACAAGGAGCUCGAGCUGCGCGGAUCGUACUCGCUUUCACAGCUGAAGGAAGCACCAAGUCAGUCCUCGAUCUCCAGGUCAACCUCCGAGUCGUGGUCGUCAGAAGAAAUCACGUUCGUGCCACCGCCCACGCCGGCGCCGAGUAUAGCGUCCACAGAGAGAACUCCGUCGCCGACGCCGCCAUCGACGCACUACGGGUCCGACGCCUCGGAGUCUUCGUCGUCCCUGCACACGCCAUCGCCGCCGGACAGCCCCGAGCGGCCGAGGAGACGCAUUCGCCAGGCGCCGCCGAAGGAAGAUCCCGAAAAGCCGUCGAAACCCGAUUCUGCCCUCAUCCCAACGAUCUCGGCACUGCUCCUGAUAUCGAUCUUAUCAGUCGUUUUGUAA